AUGCCACCAAGCUCCCCAAACCGAGAUGGCUUUGAUUCUGACAAGGAGAAUUGUUGUGGUGAUGCUGAUGAUGACCUGUUUGUAAAGAAUCGAGCCCUCUCCCUGACUUUGAAGUCACAGCAGCUGGGACUGAACUCGAGCCCACGACGGCCCUCCACAGACUGGGGUCUGUCUCCCAGCAAGUUUCCAAUCAAGGCUCUGGACAAGGCCUGCCGAUCUACUUCCUUCUCGGACUGGUUAUCACGGGAUGCGAAGAAAGAGAGCAUCGCCAGCAAAAGUCCUGAGGUUGAUUCAGUCAAGCGAUGGAACUGUGACGUUAAGACCACAAUUGGGUCCAUCUCACACGACUUGUCGCCUAAGGUCCGCUCACCAGCCAAGCUGCAGCAGGAUUUACGUGAAGUGGAAUGGGAAGACAUUCCCACGAACACCGACCAGGAUCCGUUCAAGCUGAAUGGUGUGCAUGACCAGCAUUUUGACUCAUUGGCACAAGAGAGGCACCGCAGCGAGCCUGACAUUGAGCACAGCGGCGGAGGGUCGGGGCAAGCCGGGCGCUCGAGCAGCUACGGCGGAGGGGGGGCUAUGUCCGGGCUAAGCGCGGGGGGCAUGGGGGGGGAGGCUCGGCGCGUGCGCACGCGCAUGCCGCUGGAAAACCAUGCGCCCGUGGCGCCUUCGGAGGGGGGAGUGGCUAUUUUGCGCGCACUGCUGCCAUACACGCGCAAUUUUAUCUUCCCUGUUGCAGGUCUUCUUAUCGCUUCCUCACCCUCUCCCCUUCCUCACUCCCCUCCUCCCACAUCCCACACACAACCCCUCACACCCCUCAAACAACCUCCCCCUACAGGGUCUCUGAACACGGACCUCUCGUCUCUAUCCGCCGCGUCAGCGCUGCUGCCCUACACGCGCGAUUUCAUCUUUCCGGGGGAGCUGCUGCAGGUCGUCGUUCACAGGACCCCUAUCGAUCCCUUCACCCACCCCUCCUUCUCCGAACCUCCGCUUGCUGAGCUUCCCGGCGAGGCUCGGGACAGCAACGGGCAGCAGCCGUACCACCAGUCCAUACCGUCCGGAGGCUCGGGAGCGGCGAUAGGCGUGAGCGGAAGCGGUGGGGGGACGUGGGGGGAGGAUGCGCGGCGGGGGGUGGGGCUGCGCGCGGGGAAGGGGCGGAUUGGGCGGUCGGGAUUAGGGGGAGACUCCGAGAGCCCAGCCAAGGGAGGGGCAGGUCUUGAGUCCGAUCGUGGGAUGGAGGGAGGUGGGGAAGGAGAGGAAGGCGAGGGAUCCGCUGUGGUAGCUGCAGAUGGGUUGAGUGCGGUAGUGGCGUUGAGCGGCGGAGGGAGGGUGAGCGUGGGAGGGAGGGAGGAUGGGGAGGUGCGGCAGCAGAGGACGAACGAGCUGCUGGAGAUAGCACGGCGGUCGCUGUACGAUGUGCACUUGAGCGAGCCCAUCCCAGCCGCUUCAAGGCCACCUAACCAGCAGCAGCAGCAGCAGCAGGCGGGGAGGGAAGCAGCGCAGUCCCCAAGUGCGUAUGGGGUGAUGCCGGUGCCAGCGGACAUUGCAGGAUACGACCCCGCCACAGCAGCAGGGCUGGGCAGGCGUGUUGUCUCCACCAGCUCCCUACCCAAUGGGGACGUCGUGGUGCUGCUGGAAGUGGCGGUGUCCACCACAGCCCUCAUCCCAGACGCCACUCUCGAGAUCCGCCAGUUCGAGCGCUUCCCCAUGCCCUUCGGACCCCCCUCCGCCCCUCCACCCGCCCCUGCUCUUGCUGCUGCUGAUGGCACUGCUGCUGCUGCUGGUGAUGGUUCUGACGCUGCUGCUGCUGCUUCUGCCGAUGGUGGUUCUGCUCCUGGGUCGGAACACCACGAGAAAACCCUCUCUCCCAUGCCUGCUGCUGCUGCCGGCGGCCGUGGUGUAGCAACAGCAGGAGCAGCAGCAGGAGGAGGAGGAGGAGGAGGAGGAGGAGGAGGAGGAGGAGGAGGAGGAGGAGGAGGAGGAGGAGGAGGAGGAGGAGGAGGAGGAGGAGGAGGAGCAGCAGCAGGAGCAGUAUCAGGGUCCUUGGAAGAAUCCCAAGAUCUGCUCUUCUGGCUCUUCCCCUUGGAGCGCCUUCCUCCCAACUCCACCACUCCGUCCCCUGCUGCCGCAGCCAGACCUACCAUUCCUCUCCCUGCCGUCGCCACCUCUGGUUGGGGUACCCCAUCCGCUUUCAAUUUCACCUCUGCUGCUCCCCCUACCCCCUCGGUCGCCCCUAGCACGCCAGUUGGCUUCUCUCUCUCCCUCCCGCGCGUUUCCGCCUCCUCCUCCUCCUCCUCCUCCGCCCUAGCAGCAGUCAGCACUGCUGCCACAACAGGGAAUUCCCCGUCCAAUUCCCCCAAGAAACGCACCUCCUCAACGUUCCGAGACGAUGCGGGGGGAGCCGGGGGCGCGGGAGGGGGGACGGUUUUAGGCGGGUUGGCAUGGGGGACGCAUGAGACGGGCGCGGUGGGGUGGGAGGGGCUGUUAUCGUUCCGAGGGGUGCCUCUAGAGCCGCAGAGAUUCAGUGGGAAUUGUGGGCGGCUGGGGCCGUUUGUGCCGGGGCGGAAGUGGGUGCGGGGCGUACGGGUGCUGCAGCCGCUGUGUGUGGAGAGCUAUACGGCGGAAUGCGGGCAUGAGGAUGUGAUUUGCGUUAUGGUGGAGAACAUAUUGCCACGCGAGGGAGCAACAGCGGGCGUGAUCCUCUACGUGGACAGCAUAAGUCUGGAGGCGCGCUCCUCGGUCUCCAUGUCGCUGCAGCAGUCCCUCCCCGUGCACGUCGCCCGCCUCGAGAGUGGUUCCAGCAAGGAGGCCCUCCCAGGCCUGCCCCUGCGGCCCGGCGAGCAGCAUUCUUUCAUCAUCACUCCACAGUGCUCCGGCAACGCACAGAUCGUCAAGGCCCCUUCCGGAGCAAACAAGGACGCAGGCGGGCGGGGCAGACGACCAGGCGGAGGAGGAGCAGGAGGGGGAGGAGGAGGGAGUGCCAAAGGGGGCCCACUGUCGGGAGGAGGGAACGAGGGCUCGAGCAACUCGCUUGCGGCAGCGUUCUCGUUCGGACGGUUGACGGAGAAGGCAGCGGUUUUGGAGGAGGAGUCGGAGGGGGAGGACAUGCCGGUGGAUUCUUCGCCAGAAUAUUCACUCAUCAUCAGCUGCAGCUGCUCACACACAGCUGCCCAGCUGCGAUACCGCCACCCUCUCGCAUGGCGGCCGCGCCCCCCUCGGGACCUGCUCCUCUCCAUCUCCCCAGACAACAUCUCCUCCUCUUCCUCCUCCACCUCCUCUUCUUCCUCUACCUCUACCUCCUCCUCCCUCGUCCCUGCUUCCACGGAUACGAUGGCCUCCUCCGCUGCCGCUGCUUCCUCCUCGCAUGUGCACACUCUCCCUGAUGGCACGCUCGUUGCUGCUCCGCCCGCUUCUGGCCAGUGCUCCCGGCCUCUGACUGUGCGGGUGCGAGUGACCAACCUCACAGCCGCAGACCUCAACCUCACGCUCCUCGCGCCCACCACUCUCGCUGCCACCUCGCUCUCCCGCGUCUGCUUCCCCACCUCCCCGCGCCACUCCUCCAAUCUCCUCACUGCCGAUCCCACCACUGACCCUUCGCUGCUGGACCAGCCGCAGCAGGGGCAGGGGCAGGGCGGGGAGGAGGGGAGUGAGGACGACGAGGGGCUUUCUCCUCCCAUGUCGCCGCUACGAGCGUUCAAGUCUUCUUCUCUUGCUGCCACGCUGGAUCCCCCUGACGGCUCCAGAUCGCUCCUUCUCCCCGAUUUCCUCCGAAACCGCUCUCUCCACCCGAAGCCGCUCCCCUCGCUCACCUCCGACUCCUCAGCCACCAAGCCCCAGGGCAUCAGCAGCAGCGGCAGCAUAGGCGAGGCUGCUCAGAACCUGCCGGUUUCGGCUUCAGGAUCAGGAGGAGGGGGAGCGGGAGGGGAGGGAGGGGAGAGGAGUGUGUCGGCAGCGGAGCUGGUGGCCAUGCAUGUGCCUCACAGGACGCAUCUCUGGCUGCAGUCUGUUGUCCCCAUGGGGUCAGUUACACCUCCCUCACCUCCUUUCCCCCCGUAUGAUGACCCCUCUCUUUGUGCGCGUUCCACCUCCUGUGCCGCCGCCAGCAAGGUGCCGGCACUGGGCACAUUGGGGCUGCGCUGUGAGCUCGCCCUGAGCCCCCUCAAUGCUCAACCUCUCUCCUCUCUGCUCUCCCCUUCGGCCCCCUGUGCCGCCGCCAGCAAGGUGCCGGCUCUGGGCACAUGGCUCAAGGUGCCGGCGCUGGGCACAUCGGAGGUGCGAUGUGAGCCUGCCAUUAAGCUGCCUCAAUCGAAACUCACCCCCUUCUCACCGCUUUCCUGUGUGCUUCCUACCCGUCUCAUCCCCUUCCUCUUCCCCUCCCCCCCCCCCGCCUGCACCGCUGCCAGCAAGGUGCCGGCGCUGGGCACAUCGGAGGUGCGCUGUGAGCUGGUGCCACUGGUGGAUGGACUCAUCAACCUCGACACACUGCACAUCACCACCAAGCGACGAGCACUUCAGCUUCAAAUUCCCUCAUACCCCCCUUCCGCCCUUUCCCUCCCUUCUUCCCCUCGUCUGCUCCUUUCCUUCCACUCCUCUCUCCCCCCCUCUUCUUUCCCUUCCCCCUCUCUCUUCCCACCCCCCUUCCUCUCCCCUCUCCUUCCCCCACGCCUCUGUCUCCUGCCUUUCCACAGACACGCUGGAGUGGGGAAGACUACCCUGAUCAUACGCGUUAUGGAGCGAGUGAAAGAAGCCGUUCCUUCUCUUGUCCUCCGAGGGUUCACUACAGAGGAAGUGCGUAGAGACGGCGAGCGCAUUGGCUUCGACAUAGUCACAAUGGAGGGCGCCCGAGUGGCCCUCGCCCGCGUUCUCCCAUCAGACUUCUCUUCUCCUCUCCACACCAGCACGGCAGCUGAAGAGGACAGGAGCAGCAGUAGCAGUCCACGUGGCACGUUGUGGGUGGUGGAUGAGAUUGGGAAGAUGGAGCUGCUAUCCACCCGCUUUGCUGCUGCCGUCACUGCCCUGCUGGAUGCGCCCUUGCCUCUCCUCGCCUGCAUCCCUGUGCCCACGCACGGGAAAGACUUGCCCCAAGGUAGCAUUCAAUGUUUGACUGGCUUUUGA